GAAUCCAAAAACACAAUCUAAGUGAUACUGUCUUUACGUUCCAUAAAUUGUUGAUUCUUUCUCAAUGUUUUUCUCCUUUAUAUAUAUAUAUAGUCUGCAAUAUUUAUGAGUUUCAUCAACCAAAUUUUACUAGAAUUUUUAUAACAUUCUCACAAAGACAAGAGAGAAAAAAAAGAUGACGAGAGAUCAAAUAGCUGAAGAACUUCCAAAUUUGGCAGAGUCGAAGUUAACAGCUUUGGUCGUCGAUGACAGUUUCGUAAACCAAACCAUACAUCAGAAACUUUUGAAUCGUCUAGGGAUUGAAAACGACGUCGUUACAAACGGAAAAGAAGCCGUCGACGUUUAUUGUUCCGGCAGAAACUAUGAUCUUAUUCUUAUGGACAUGGACAUGCCAAUCAUGAACGGUAUUCAGGCAACAAAGAGACUAAGGGAGAUGGGGAUAGAGAGCAAGAUAGCAGGAGUAACAACUCGAGCUAACGAAGGAGAAAAGAAAGAGUUUAUGGAAGCUGGCCUUAAUGAUUUUCAAGAGAAACCUCUUACCAUCUCUAAGCUUCUCUCUAUUCUUCAUAAACUUGAUUUUUAUGUCCAAACCUAAUUAAUCUCCAUUAAUUCUUAAUGAUUUCUUAAACUUAUUUCACUACUAUUCUGCUAUAACAUAAUUAUAAUCUUUGUAUUUUUAUACUUCAAAUAGUAAUACCAAUACCUAUUCCAUAA